UUGCGGUAAAAUUCAAUGUUUACUAAUCUAAAGUAAGAAACAAAUGAAGACGUGCAUUGUUUUUGUGAAUAUUAAAUAGUAUUGUAAAUAAACAUGUGUUGGCUUAUUUUGUUUUUGUACCUAAUAAGUCAAAAGUGCAGUGCGCAGAGCAGAAGCGAUGCAACAUAUCAAAUAGCGGGUAUAUUCGAAGAAGAAGCUAUCACUCAAAGGCUAGCAUUCGACGAUAGUAUGAAAGAUGCAAGCUUAGAUGAUUACAGACUGGAACCAAUUAUUAUACCGCGUUCUAGACCGGAUAUUUAUACAACAUGGCGCGACGUAUGUUCAAACAAAAUGAUGCAACCAAUAGCUAUAGUUGGACCACAAAGUCCAUUUAAAAAUACAGCAGUACUUGAUCAGUGCUUUAUUUCUAAAAUCCCAUAUUUACAAGCUACCUGGCAGCCUCCAGAGAUCGAAUAUAUAUUUGAAAAUGAUUCAACAAUAGUCGAUAACAGCACCGAAACUGAAAUGCAUGAAGAUGCAGUCGAAUAUAAAAAAAAUAUCAUUAAUUUCUAUCCUGACAGUGAUGAAAUUUCUACAGCGCAUGCGGCAUUGUUAAAAUAUUACAAAUGGGAAAAUUUCGCUGCACUUUAUGAAGAUGAAUAUGGGUUAAUACGUAUACAGAAAAUUUUAGCAGAAUACACAGACCAGUAUCCAGUGACAAUAAGAAAACUCGAACCCGAUGGUGAUAAUUAUAAAGUUUUCAAAGAGUUGCAAAACAGCCAAGAAACUCGAUUCUUUAUUGAUUGUCACGUGGAUAAUGUUCUUAAGUACAUGGAUAUUAUAAACAUGUUAAAUUUAGAUGAUUUUUAUCAGCAUUAUAUUUUCGCUUCACUGGACACUUCGAUCGUGGCUCACAAGCUCACUGACUACCGAUGUAACAUCACUUGGCUUAGUAUCACAGAUUAUGACAAGUUAAUAGACGCACAGCACUUUUUAGCACAGAGAGUUGAACGAUGGGCUAUCAACACAGUGUCACCUCCUGUCACUGACAUGCCGAUAGAGGCGUUGCUUAUAAAUGACGUAGCAAAUCAUGUUGUUAAGGCUCUUAAAACUGUAGAAAAAACAACAUCUAUCCAAAAACCUCCAACAUUCUCCUGCGAUUCUGAAGAUAUAUGGGAGCAUGGUGGUUUGAUGCAACAGGAAAUUUUAAAGACGAAAACAACCGGAGUUUCUGGAAACAUUGAGUUUAAUGAAAUGGGUAAAAGAACAAAUUAUCUUCUACACGUCAACGAAAUAUAUCUAAGAAAAAGACAAACAAUAGGUAAUUGGGAGUCCUCUUCGGGAGAAAAUAUAAUAGAGGACCGGCCGGAUGCCGAUAACAUUGUUAAUCAGCAAACUAGAAAACAUUUCUACGUAAUAUCUCGUAAAGCUAAGCCUUACUUUUAUGAAAAAGAAAAAUGCACAACACUUGAAUGUGAAGAAGAAGACGACGGUGAAAGAUACGAAGGUUUCUCAGUUGACCUCGUUAAGCAAAUCUUUGAAACACUAAAGAAAGAAAAUUUUAACUAUACGUAUUCAUUUAAAUAUGAUACAGAUUAUAUUUAUGGUCAAUAUGAUAAAGAAAAAAAGAAAUGGAAUGGCUUAAUUGGAGAUUUGUUGGAUAAGAAAGCUGAUUUAGCGGUUUGUGAUUUGACAAUAACAGAAGAAAGGAAGAAAGUCGUCGACUUCUCUGUACCUUUCAUGAGUUUGGGAAUAAGUAUUUUGUACGUUCAAGAGAAGAAAGUGGACCCAGGAAUGUUUUCAUUUCUAAAUCCUUAUACAUUUGAAGUCUGGAUGUAUAUAGCGACAGCAUAUUGCGUUGUCUCUAUCGUUCUAUUUGUUUGUUCGAGAAUAUCACCAGCUGAUUGGGAAAAUCCGCAACCGUGUGAUAAAGAUCCUGAGGAAUUGGAAAACAUUUGGAAUUUCAAAAAUUGCGCUUGGCUCACAAUGGGCUCUAUAAUGACGCAAGGAUGUGAUAUUUUACCUAAAGCUAUAGGCACAAGAUGGGUUUGUUCAAUGUGGUGGUUCUUCGCAGUGAUAGUUUGUCAGACAUAUAUUGCUCAACUAUCAGCCUCUAUGACAUCUGCGUUAGAGAACGAACCAAUUAAUAGCGUCGAAGAUUUGGCAACUCAAAACAAAAUCCUCUAUGGUGCUAUAGAUGGUGGAUCUACAUUGGGAUUUUUCAAGAAUUCAAAAGACAAGAUGUAUCAAAGGAUGUACGAGAACAUGAACGCAAAUAAAGUAGUUUUAGUAAAUAAUAAUGACGAAGGAGAAAAGAGAGUAAUCAAUGGCAAAGGGAAAUAUGCUUUCUUUAUGGAAUCUGUAACUAUCGAAUAUAAAUUAAGACGAAAUUGUGAAUUAAAGAAAGUGGGUGGUGAAUUAGAUUCUAAAGAUUAUGGUAUAGCUAUGCCUGCAAAUUCGCCUUUUAGAACAGAUAUUAAUAGAGCUAUUCUAAAGUUAAAGGAAUCCAAUGCUUUAGAUAAAAUUAAAAGAAAAUGGUGGGAAAAUAAGUAUGGUGCUAAAUCAUGUAACCAAGAGGAAGAUAAGAAUGAUGUAGAGGGAGAUUUGGAGAUAAAAAAUUUGAUUGGAGCGUUCCUCGUACUAAUCGGCGGACUUGUCUUAGCGUUGUUUAUAACGGCAGCAGAAUUUAUGAACGAAGUCAGAAAUAUCGUUGUUCGUGAAAGGGUGACACACAAGGAAGUAUUCAUCAAAGAACUUAAAGCUUCAUUGAAUUUCUUCCAACUGCAGAAGCCCGUGCUGCGUAACCCCAGCCGCGCGCCCUCUGCUGCCUCCUCUUUGCAGACCGUAAACAAAGAACGUGCUAAUGGCAUCGACAACUUUCUUGAUCUCGAAAGAGAACCUCGCUAGACUUACAACCUACUUGUUCACAAAAUAUUCCAAAAACAUUUCGACAUUAAAAUUUUCGUAAUAUUUUGAUUUUGAUAAUAUAUAAAAGAAGUCACAUAUUAAUGCAAACACUAAAUAA